AUGACUGAUGCUGAUCAGUCUUCCUUGACUUCUAGCGAUCAUUCAGUUCACAGCCAGGACAAUGCAACUCCCGGGUGCGGAAUCGGCCCGACUGAUUCUUUGGACUCGGCAUUGCUAGAUGAAGAAGAAAAUCCACUUGAGGGAGGGCUUGCCGAUAACGUCGUCGUGCCUUCAAAAAAACUUAUGUCGGCCAGCGAAAUAGGAUAUAACGCGUUGAAAACACAUAAUGGACAGCUGUACUCCGGCAUGGCAGUUGGGGGAUCUCACACAUGGAAUUAUGAUCCUGGGGUAUGGAAGGAAACGAAGGAAGAGCCGGACUUGUGGCGGAUCGACUAUCAGACCAACAAAAGGAGAGCACGCAACGCGCCUAAAGGCAGUGGUGCCCCGGUGGGAACAGAAUACCACUGGCUUGUAGUGGGACACCAGCAUGUCCGCAAAGUCGAUGCCAAUACAUAUGAGACGCAUCUCACGGGCGCCAAGUACAAGCUAGCGCACAAAUCAAUUACGUCUAAUUCCUGGUCGAUUCCGACCGUACGGGGUCAGCGAGACCGAGAAGUUGAGUUGCUAGAAGAUGCAAAGCGCCGUACUCAAGGUCUGCCGCCCGUGCUGGGGAAUGAGAAGGUUAAAGUUGAUCACCUCGAGAAAGGUCAACAGAGUCUGGACAAUCUGUUCCGUCAGACAACCCGGAAGAAGGAAGAGGCCAUGGGUAUGAAGAAGCGGAAGCGUGGUUGA